CUUUUCAUCAUCCACUAUGGGUAUCAGCCGUGACUCCAGGCACAAGCGAUCUGAGACCGGUGCCAAGCGCGCUCAGUACAGAAAGAAGAGAAAGUUUGAGUUGGGUCGUCCCCCAGCCAUGACCAAGCUCGGUGGCAGACGCAUUCACGUCGUUCGCGUUCGUGGUGGUAAUGUUAAGCACAGAGCUCUCCGUCUUGAGUCUGGCAACUUCUCUUGGGGCUCCGAAGGAAUUGCCCGCAAGACCCGUGUCUUGACUGUCGUUUACAAUGCCUCCAACAACGAAUUGGUUCGCACCAACACUCUUGUUAAGGGUGCUGUUGUCCAGAUUGAUGCUACCCCCUUCCGUCAGUGGCAUGAGGCCCACUACGCUUCCUCUCUUGGCAAGAAGAAGGCCAAUGCUGAAGAAGUUGCCGUUGAGAAGAAGUCUAACAGUGUCCAAAAGAAGAUCGCUGCCCGCAAGGCCGAUGCUGUUGUCGAAACCCUCCUUGAUGACCAGUUCACUUCCGGUCGCCUUUAUGCUGUUAUUGCCUCCCGCCCUGGCCAGUCUGGUCGUUGCGACGGUUACAUUCUUGAGGGUAAGGAACUCGAGUUCUACGUCAAGAAAAUCAAGAGCCGCAAGUAAACGCUACUUCUCAAACUACUAUUACUGUUUACGAUUCAAUAAAUUGUAGAAAUAUUAUC